AGAGGAGGCUCAGAGGAUCCCCUGCUGACUUGAGCGAGAGGCAGGCAGAGGCGCAGGCGGCUCCUGCAGGAUCUCCGAGCCCCUCUCCCCGCCGGGCUCCGGAGCCAUGAGCAGCGCCGUGGUCCUCGCCCACCUCCCAGACCCCAGCAGCAGCUUCAGGGAAGACGCCCCCCGGCCCCCUGUCCCGGGGGAGGAAGGAGAGGCACCAUGCCCGCAGCCCGCCAGCUCCUUCCUCGUGAAAAGCCAAAGCUUCAAGGCCAUGCCGGUGCCUCCUGCCCCGAGGAGGAAUGAGAACGGGCUCGGGGAGCCGGAAGGCAGCGCGUCUCCAGACUCCCCUCUGGCCAGAUGGACCAAAUCCUUGCAUUCCUUGUUGGGAGAUCAAGAUGGUGCCUAUCUUUUUCGGACCUUCUUGGAAAGGGAAAAAUGUGUGGAUACCUUAGACUUCUGGUUUGCCUGCAAUGGCUUCAGGCAGAUGGACCUUAAGGAUACCAAAACUUUGAGAGUAGCCAAAGCUAUAUACAAAAGGUACAUCGAGAACAACAGCAUUGUCUCCAAGCAGCUCAAGCCUGCUACUAAGACCUACAUAAGGGAUAGCAUCAAGAAGCAGCAGAUAGAUUCUAUCAUGUUUGAUCAGGCACAGACUGAGAUUCAGACUGUGAUGGAGGAAAAUGCUUACCAGAUGUUUCUAACUUCUGAUAUAUACCUCGAAUAUGUAAGGAGUGGAGGAGAGAAUCCUGCUUACAUGAACAGCAGCGGACUGGGGAGCUUAAAAGUUGUCUGUGGCUAUCUCCCGACCUUGAAUGAAGAAGAGGAAUGGAGCUGUGCAGACUUCAAAAACAAAAUCCUGCCUUCAGUGGUUGGACUAUCCAGCAAGACGUUGAGGGUUACAGCGAACGUCAGAGCUACGGAAACUAUCGAGAACGGCUACAGGUCCUUCAAGAGGAACGAUCCCGUUAACCCCUACCAUGUGAAUUCCGGCUAUGUCUUUGCCCCCGCAACGAGCGCAAACGACAGUGAAAUAUCCAGUGAUGCCCUGACGGAUGACUCCAUGUCGAUGACGGACAGCAGCGUAGAUGGGAUCCCCCCGUACAGAAUUGGGAGCAAGAAGCAGCUCCAGAGGGAGAUGCAUCGGAGCGUUAAGGCCAACGGUCAAGUUUCUCUACCUCAUUUUCCGAGGACCCACCGGCUUCCCAAGGAGAUGACCCCGGUGGAGCCGGCUGCCUUCGCUGCGGAGCUCAUUUCCCGGCUGGAGAAGCUGAAGCAGGAGCAGGAAACCAUGGACAGUCUGGAGGAGAGGCUGCAGCAAAUCAAGGAGGACGAGGAGAAGGAGGGCUCGGAGCUCCCUGCCAGCCUGCAGAGCAGUCGGGAGAUGGUGAACCCCCAGCACCCGCAGCACCCGCUCUCGCUCCUACCGUCCGGCAGCUACGAGGAGGACCCCCAGGCCAUCCUGGACGAGCACCUCUCCCGCGUGCUGAAGACCCCCGGCUGCCAGUCUCCCGGCAUGGGCCGGCACAGCCCCCGCGCCCGCUCCCCUGAUCGCCUGCCGGGAGGCAAGCUGCAGCCCGGUGUGGCCUCGCCGGCCGCCUGCACCCUCCUGGGCAAGGGAUUUAUCACCAAGCAGACCACCAAGCACGUCCACCACCACUACAUCCACCACCACGCUGUCCCCAAGACGAAGGAGCAGAUCGAAGCGGAGGCGGCUCAGCGGGCGCAGUGCUGCUGCCCAGCCGGCAGCGACUACUACUGCUUCUCCAAGUGCAAGGGCCACCUGAAAGGCACGGACCCACCUCUCCCUCCGCUGGAGCCCUUUGGCAGGACGGGCACGCUGACCAAGAGGCCGGGCAGAGGAGCGGAGAGCAUCGCCCUGCCGGCUGGGGACGGGGGGCUGCCCGGCCCCGGAGGGGUGCAGCUACCUGGCGGUGAGGCGGACCGGGCGCAGAACGUCUGGCAGUGGAUGCUGGAGAGUGAGAGACAAAAUAAGCACAAGCCCCAUAGCACACAAAGCACAAAGAAGGCCUACAGCUCCGACUUCACCAAGGGGGCCCCCAGCGAGCGCCCCGGCCGCCACCACCCCUGGGGGACCGGCAGCCACCCGCGCGGGGUGCAGCCCGCCCACCCCUUCGUCCAGGACCCCACCAUGCCCCCGCUCACCCCACCCAACACCCUCGCCCAGUUGGAGGAAGCGUGUCGCCGGCUCGCCGAAGUCUCCAAGCCUCAGAAGCAACGAUGUUCAACCUCAAAUCAGCAGAGGGAUCGAAACCACUCCGCUGCUGUUCAGGGGGGAAACACCCCUUUUUGCAAUGCAAGUCUAACGACAGAAGAUCACAAAGAGCCAAAGAAACUCCCGGUUGUUCACACCUCUCAGUCUAGUGAGUUGGUUGUCACCUAUUUUUUUUGCGGAGAAGAAAUUCCCUACAGGAGAAUGUUAAAGGCCCAGAGCCUGACACUUGGGCACUUUAAAGAGCAGCUGAGCAAAAAGGGAAAUUAUAGAUACUACUUCAAAAAAGCAAGCGACGAGUUUGACUGUGGUGCAGUGUUUGAAGAGAUUUGGGAAGAUGAAACAAUUCUGCCCAUGUACGAAGGAAGGAUUCUUGGGAAAGUAGAAAGGAUCGAUUGAUGGCAUCUGUGUUUCUUAAGAAAAUUUAAGCUAGAAAAGUCUUUGGACACACAACAGUAGUGAUGACAAGGAAAAAAAACUCUGAAGGAAAGUUUUGAACCAAUGAAGAAAAAAAAGUGAAGUCUCUGAAGACUUUGCUGAAUUAGCCUUAGAGGAAAAAAAUGGCAUUUAUUAUUCAUGAGUUGGGUACUGAGAUGAUAAAAACCCUGAACUAUUUAUUAAAAACAUGACCACUGUUGGCUAUUGGAGAUGCAGACUGUGUUUGAGAGACUUCCAUACAUAAUAUAUGAUUUCCUGGGGAUCUGAAAUCUAUGGACUAAGAGAAACUAUGUAUAGCUUACCUUAACAGGAAUCCUUAUUGAUAUUUAUUGAACAGUCUGUUUUCCCUUAAGUCCAGUUUUUGGAUAUGCUGCUUUAACAAUGGAGAAGAGAAGGGCUGGGAAGUGGGGUGAUGGGAGGAAGGAUUAUUUUAUUUUUUUAUAUUGUUCCCCCUAUCUAAAAUUUAGGAGUACGGCCAGGAGCGCAUUCACCAUUAUUUUUUUUAAGGGGGAGGAGGGAAGGAUGUUGUGCCCAAUAUUUCUCCAAGUGAAGAUAAAUUCUAAAGGAAUAAUAAUAAUAAUAAUAAAGAAAUUAAAAUACUGUCCUACCAUCCA